AUGCUAGCAACACACACUGGCGAUGCCGAUGCUCAGGCAACGUCCAGUACCAACGCUGGGUGCAUACCCCCAACGGUUGGAGUGGCCCCGCUACAAUUAGCAGAGCUCCGGGAGAAACACUUUGGGACAGGCGAGGGUCAGAGGUUCGGUGCCCGAUCGUCUGGAGACAGACAUGAAGGCGCCGAAGACCACGACUCAAUGCGCGUGCGUGCGGAGCGGUUCGUGGACGAGUACCUCGCUCCCCUCUUCGCUUGCGUCGAAGGAGAGCGAGAUGAAGAGCAAGAGGGCGCCAGCAGCGGUACGGAGAGCAUCAUCAUCGUCGCUCAUGGCAUUAUCCUGGGCGUGCUGGCGAGAGUUCUACUUGCCGCUGGCAACUUUGGGUCUCUGGCAACCGGCACGUCGGACCAGCAACAGCGCUUUUCGUGGAGCAACACCGGCUAUCUCUUGAUCAAUGUCAAGUCCUUGCCGGUAGUCAAUGCGAAGGAGUCUGCUGCUGGCUCGCGAAGCGGUACGCAGGAUCCCAAAUGGCCCCACCUCAAGCUUGAAAUUGUGGAAGUCAACUGCACCGACCACCUUCGCGGGUUGAAAAAGACGCGUGGAGGGAUCGGCAGCGCAAAGUUUGACGAGAAGCAGAAGACGCUUAGCGCGUUCUUCAAACCAACUGCAUCCAAACGGAAGCACGAGGAUAGCUGA